UCUAGCACACAGCUCUGUUAUGAUCAAUGUGCUUUUCUUUUUUAAUACAGGCUCAUUCUCAUCAAAUUGGAUUCCAUUGUGACUCCUCCCUCUCUCCCUCUGUCUCUCUUUUUUCUGAUACGGCUCGCUCAAUCGGAUGAGUUAGUUGUGGAAGACACCAGCCCAUGGGAGCUGUGUGGAGUGGAAGCAGCUUAGUAAAUCACAGAGCUCUCUGUGCAUCAGACAUACAAAGAGAGCGGGAAACUGUGAUCAUUUGAGGUGUCUAAAGCAAUGUAGAAGAUCUGGAUUAUACAAACUGCAAGAGAUGAACAGAUCAGGACUAUGAGGUUGUUUUCAGCUAUGUAACGUGUUCAGGCAGAACAUGGAGAUAGACCAGUGUCUGCUGGAGUCUCUGCCGUUGGGCCAGCGUCAGAGGCUGGUCAGACGCAUGCGUUGCGAGCAGCUGCGGGUCUACUACGAGCGCGAGCGGACGCUACAGAAGCAAAGCUUCCCCAAGCCCCGCUCCACCAACCGCAAAAAACACAGAAUCAGCUUCACGCUUUCAGACGUCAUCCAAGAUGCCAUCAUACGACACGAUGACAAAGAGGUGCUGAGGCUGCUGAAGGAGGGAGCUGACCUGAACACAGUGAUUUCCUCAGGAGGAUCUCUGCUCCAUCUGUGUGCCCGCCACGACAAUGUAUUCGCAGCAGAGAUUUUGAUAGAGAAAGGACUGAAUGUCAACCUGCAGGAUGAGGACCUCUGGACCGCCCUGCAUGUGGCCUGUGCCUGCGAUCACGCAGAUAUGGUGCUGCUACUGCUGCUGGCCGGAGUCAACGUGCUACUGCAGGAUGUGAACGGGAACAUUCCACUGGACUACGCCACAGAGGGGACAGAAAGCAGCUAUAUCCUCAUCAGACACCUGGAGGAGAAUGGAGUGGACAUGAGCUCUAUGCACCAGAUGAAAACCCAGCGCUCGUCCACCAUGUUGUCUGACGUGAGGCAGCUGGUCAGCAGCGGGGGUGGCGUCAAUCAACAAAAUGAUGACGGGGUCACGCUGCUACACAUCGCCAGUGCCAGUGGUUAUAAGGAGGUGGUGUCCGUGCUGCUGGAGAACGGGGCAGAUGUCCAGGUGUCUGACAACAGCUUCUGGACACCCUUACAUCUGGCUGCCAAAUAUGGACAGACCCACAUUGUGAGCCAGCUGUUGAAGCACAAAGCAGAUCCUACUCUCCUAAACUGCAACCAGGACAAGCCCUCAGACAUAGCUGCUACUGAACAGAUUGCAGAGAUGCUGAUGAGAGCAGAGGAAUUCUGGGUACAGAGACAGACAGACCCUUCGGCUCCGCCUCCACAAUCAGAAGAGCACUGCACAGAGGCCAACCAGGACAGCAGCCUGCCUGUAAAGAAACUGUCUACUAUGACUCUACCCAUCUCUAGAAGGGACAGUUUGUUGGAGAAGGAGGCCAUGUUCAGGGACUCAGGGGGAGCUCUGACACAGCAGCAUUCACUUGAUAAUGGGCUGGAUGGACCGUAUCCCAGCGCUGCAGGAAAACUAGAGCAGGUGAAACUAAUGCCUCCUGCUCCUAAUGAUGACCUUGCAUCCCUCAGUGAGCUCACGGACAGCAGCCUGCUCUAUGAGAUGCAGAAGCGAUUUGCUAACGACCAGAUAUAUACCUACAUUGGACACAUUCUUCUCCUUAUCAACCCUUAUAAGGACCUGCCCAUCUACUCUAAUUUGGUCAGUCAGUUGUAUCUGAGCUCCAGCGGUCGUCUGUGUUCCUCUCUCCCGCCUCAUAUCUUCUCUUCAGCUGAGCGCGCCUAUCACAUGAUGCUGCAGGAGCGACGGCCACAGUGUUUCAUCAUCAGUGGAGAGAGCGGUUCUGGGAAGUCUGUGGCCUGUAAGCACGUCCUGAAACACCUGGCUGCUCGCUCAAGUCCCAAAGGCUUCGCUUUAGAGCCACGAAUGAAACAUGUAAAUGUGAUCUUGGAAGCGUUUGGUCAUGCUAAGACUCAGAUAAACUCCUCAGCAAGUCGUUUCAUCAAACUGAUCUCACUGCAGUACUGUGAGAAGAGAAGGACUCUACUCAGAGGCCGUCUGUACACUUACAUGCUGGAAAAGUCGAGGGUCAUCUGCACGCCACCGCAUCAGCAGAACUUUAACAUCUUCUACCUGAUGGCUGAGGGGCUUUCAGCAGAGGAGAAGAGUAAUCUAUAUCUAAACAAUGUCCUAGCCCACAGGUGUAUGAGCACAGCGGCUCCCGGUGAAACUCCCGCAGUCGCGACCACGUGCCCUCAAAGCAGAGAGAAGCUCUCAGCCCUAAAACAGGCUCUGCGUGCCCUCGGCUUCAACAGACUGGAGGUGGAGAAUUUGUUUGUGGUCCUCGCUGCGCUGCUUCACUUGGGAGAUGUUCGCUUCACCGCCCUGACAGACGCUGACACUGCAUUUGUGUCCGACUUGCAGCUGCUAGAUAGAGUGUCUGGGAUGCUGCAGGUGAGCUCUGAGGAUCUCGGCUCUGCCCUCACCUCUGAUGUGCAGUGUUUCAAAGGUGAUGUCAUAACAAGGCGCCACACAGUCGAAAUGUCCAACCAUCAUCGAGACCUCUUGGCCAAAGCUCUGUACGGAAGACUCUUUAGCUUCCUGGUCAAUAGCAUUAACUUUUACCUCCAAGGCCAUGAAGAAAGCACUGGAGAUCCUGCCCUUGAGAUAAGCAUCCUGGACAUCUUUGGCUUUGAGGAAUUCCAGCGCAAUGGUUAUGAACAGCUGUGCGUGAACAUGGUGAAUGAGCGGAUCAGGCAGUUCACCGCAGACGUGCUCUUCCAGCAGGAGCAGCAGGAAUGUCUGCAGGAGGGGGUUGCCAUGGAGACGCUACGCUCCCUCGGCAACCAGACAGCGGUGCUGGACUUCUUCUUCCAGAAGCCUCAGGGUGUGCUGUGUAUCAUUGAUGAGGAGAGUCAGUCCCUCAGGCCAUGUGAAGUCAACCUUUAUAAGCGGCUGCAGAUGCAGCUGGAUUCCUCCGGUACGGAUGUCGUCUCCCUCACGACCAAGGAUGGCAACGGAAACCCCCCACCCAAAGACCAGGGGCCAUCGUUUACCGUUACUCACUACGCCGGCAAGGUGACCUAUGACCUGACCGGCUCACUGGACAAGAACAAGGAUGUUCUUCCCCAAAACAUCUUGUUUGUUAUGAAAACAAGUGAGAACGUGCUCAUCCAUCAAAUGUUCCAGUGUAAGCUGACUCAGACGGGCUCAUUGGUUCCUCACCACCAGCGAAUGAAGCUCCGUGGGCCCAAAGGCACUUUGCUUAACAAGAGCGCUACGCUAAAUCCUGCCAGAGACGCCAAGAAAUAUGUGGAACUGAACAAGCUCCUGAAGAAGAAGGGAGCGAUGUCCUUCCUCCAGAGGCUGGAGCGUUGUGGACCGGUCACUGUGGCAGUGCAGCUCAGGAACUCUCUAUGUGAGAUCACCAGUAAGCUGCAAGCGUGUACGCCUCAUUUUGUUCAGUGCGUCAGGCCCAACAACGCCGGAAAGCCUGAUGUGUUUGACAGCUUCCACGUGUCCUCGCAGCUCCAGUACGUGGGAGUUCUAGAGAUGGUCCGCAUGAUCCGAUACGGAUACCCGGUCCGCCUGUCUUUCACCAGCUUCCUGAGCAGAUACAGAGAGCUGGUGGACACCAUCCUCAUUGACAGGAAGAAAGCAACCGCAGAGGAGAAGUGCCGCCACAUUCUGCAGCAUUGUAAACUCCAGGGCUGGCAGAUGGGGAACAGUAAGGUUUUCUUGAGAUACUGGCAGGCUGAUCACCUUAAUGACCGCUGCCAUCAACUGCACAGGAAGAUUAUCAUCUGUCAGAAAGUGGUGCGUGGCUGGUUGGCCAGACAGUGUGCACGUCGCAGGCUCACGUCAAGGCAGCAGGAGAAGUGUAACGUCCAGCGGUUCCUGCAGGGAGCAGAGGACUUGGGUAUGCGUGCUUACGACAGCCUGGUCAUCCAAAACGCAGCCGAUAUCGCACGAGAGAACGACCGCCUACGGGGUCACAUCAGCGCACCACCACUUGGCGAGCGACCGGAACCUGUGGGCAAAGAAGAAGACUCGCCCAAAAGGGCUGUUGAAAAAAGUGGGAGGGUUAACGAUGUGGCAGGCCGUGGGGGGAACAGACCGCUCCGGCAUUUUCGCUCCAGCUCUGUUCCUCUCCCCCUGGUUAUGGACAGCUUGGUACACUCCAGCAUCGGGACAUCAAUCAAAGCAGCCCUUCAGCCUGCGCCACACUCCACUGAAGAGGGGAACGGCGGGAGUCUCUCCUCCCCACGAAAACAACCUCCUCCCAAACCCAAACGAGAUCCCAAUACACGUCUGAGUGCGUCGUAUGAGGCGGUGAGCGCAGGGCUGAGUAUUGCACCCAAAGACAGUCCUGCUGAGGGUCAAGCCUCUCCAUCUGGAAGCCCACCAAAAACCCAACUUUCUCCUUCUGAUCCUCUCGCUAAACCACGCCCUCACAGUGAUGACUACAGCACCAUGAAGAAGAUCCCACCCCCCAAGCCCAAACGUAGCCCUAAUACCAAACUGACGGGCUCCUAUGAGGAGAUCUCUGUACCUUCUCCUGCACGGCCCACAGACAUGAAACUUGUCAGCCUGUUACGAGGCGGCCACUGCUUGGGCCUCAUCCAGCGAGCAGCAUCUGCGGAUGGCCCCCAUUCUUCUGUGCUAAGCCUCUACCCCUGCCAGGAUGAGGAGGAUGUGUAUAUCGAGAUGGUGGGGGCCUCACGAGCCCUCAGCCUGGCUGAUUCCCACAGUCCAGAAAUUGGAGAGGCGGUGUAUGAGGAAAUGAAAUACUUCCCACCUGACGAGGUGGGGUCGGCUCCGGUGGUCAAGCCUGAAGUUGUCAAUCCCACUACCACUACCCUACCUGCCCCAGUGCUGGAAGUCAAGAGGCCCGUGACCUUGCUGGAACAUUCUGGUACACUUGGGGGAAAGCAGCAGGGCAAGGAUGUGACUGGGUGUGACAUUCCAGCUCCAUUCCCUAACCUCCUUCCACACCGUCCCCCACUUCUAGUCUUCCCUCCAUCCCCUGUCACCUGCUCUCCUGCCUCGGAUGAGUCACCUCUCACCCCUCUAGAGGUGAAGAAGCUGCCGGUGUUUGAGACCAACCUCAACUACUCCAGCCAGGAUGGAGGCAGCCCACUCUCACCACAGUACACCCGGCAAAGAGCCGACUCCUCACCGAGUCUUUCCGUCUUAAUGCCAGACAAGUCCACGCCACCCUUGACUCCACCUCCCCCACCACCCCCUCCAGCAGCACUGCCACCUCCCUACCGCCCCCCAUCCCACUUCCCCUUCCCCCCUGAACCAAACUUCUUGGCCCUAACCCGUGCAGCUUCUGUGGCUACCACCGAUUCCCCCAAAGUCUCUCAUAAAAUAGGGCACGGUCUGGCAGAGACACCCCCAAGCAGUUCCAAGCCUCCCUUCUCCCCAGUAAAGACCUCAAGGCCAGAGCCCCGCAGAGCUCACUCCUGCUCCUCCUCGCCUCUGCUUUUCAACCCUGCCAAUGGGAGACCUCUCACCAGUCCUCUGGAUGAGCUUAACACCCUUUUCAGCUCAGGCCGGAGCCUGCUCCGCAAGUCCACCACUGGAAGAAAGAUCCGUGACAGCGGACUCUCGAAUUCCAACAUUAAUUUGCCAGGUCGAGAGGAUCAAGGCCCCAUCUCUCCGUCAGCACAGUUACAAGACAAAAACGCCAACAACCACACCUCGCCCAACUCUUCAAACCCUGCACCCAUUGAGAAUGGCAACCAGAUCUCCAAUGGGACGUUGGAAGACGAGGCCCAUCCAAAGUCUAAUGCGUCCAGCACCUCGGCGUUACACAGGCACAUGGACAGCCACCACACUCAGGUGCUCCAGAGGUCACGUGCAUGUGGGGAUCAGCGGGCCACUCUGCAGGAAUUGUUGCGCUGGCGGAGGAGUGUUUGUGAUGGUCGACCAGACUGGCAGAAUGCUUGGCUCCACACGAACACCUCACCCACCCUAACAGUGAAGACCAAGAGUCCUAGAAAGAAAUCAUCGCCCUAGAGAUUGCGGUCUUCCUGAGUUAAACCUCAGUUAAACCCCACUCCUUAGGCCCGAUGGCCCUUUUCACGGUUUGCCCUUCACGUAGGAUGGUUUCCUCUGAACAGAGCCAGACUCUGAACUCAGGAGAGCAGGGCAUAUCCCAACUUGUUCUUGUUCCUCUCUUCACGUCUUUUGAAAGAAUGAAAGGUUCCUUGGAAAAUUGUUCCACACCAUCUCUCCAACUAAUGGCCAACUGGGACCAAAUAACAAGAAGCCCCCCAAAGACUACCAAGCCCAACUUUGAAAACAUAAAGUCAUUGGGCAAACAAAAAGGGGCAUGGCUAUUAUGAAUCCCAUUCGCAGUGUCCUAAACAUCACGCUGUUUGGAAGAUCUCAUCACGUCGCCUUGAUUGCAACUCAUCUUAGGGCUGAGCAAACAUAUCUCGACUGUGUGCUAUAGUCUACAUCGUGGGCCAUAUUUUAGUGUUAAACCCUGGUGCUGGUCGCUCCACAUGUGGUUGUCGUUGAUUGGGUUGGGUAAAAAGUGCCAGUUCUGUCCCAACUCGAGCACUCGAGACACAUGGAUGCGACAGACCUUAAAGUUUACAAGACUUUGUGUUGACCUCCAAGGUCGAGCUUUGUGAACAAAGUCCUCCUUCAGGUUCAGAGAAGCAGCUACACCUCACGCUUUUUCAGGUGCUUUGGUUACCCUCCGUCAGAGGUGGCAACCAUCACACACAGGUUGUGACCUUACGAAGAGGUCAGGGUUCAGGGAAAUCACCAGUGACACCACAGGUCCACAACAUUUCCACCAGCUUCUGGACUACAUCCAUCCUUCGCUCUAGGCUGAUGUGCGCACACUUACGCAACAUGAAACCGAAAGGUUUCGCAAGAUGUACUGUCAACAAACUUGAAGACACCUGAUUUAUAUCGAAUGGUUAAAGAGCACAAUUUUCCAAAUACACCUUUAGAUGGAACAGUCAUUACUAGUGAUGGAUAUUACUGCCGAUGUGACACCCGUGACCCUUUUUGGACUUUUCCUCAAAGGUGCUUAUGUACGAAUGUUGGGUUGUACCUUAGUAGACGACCUGUACAAACAGCACAUGACCUUUGGUCUCCCUGAAGUUUCAAGCUAUUCAUCUCUCUAGUCGUUCCUAAUUUGUGAAGGUACGCAGAUGCCUCCAUACGGAGGCCUUGAGGCAUUUGGUUUAUCCAUACAGUGUGCACAUGCAGAUUUAUUACCUGAAAGACCUUGGGUAAAUAUUUUUGGACCUUGAACACUUGGUUUGCAGCAGGAGACCCACCAUAAGCACAAGGUGGUUUUCUGAGAAUAAGCAGAACUUGACCUUCUGGUUCUGGUUGACUUCGGUAUGACUGAAUAGAUGGAUUAUGUACAGAUUGUGAGCAUUAUUGUCUUUAUAAUGGAAAGAUGUUUUUGAAUGUUCAAGGAUGCAAUGACAGAAGGACUAAGGUGGUGGGUUUUAUAGUGUGAAUAUCAUUUUAGUACAGAAUGAUUGUUUAUUAAUGGUGAACUCUUUAGCCGUUGUCCAUCCCCACAGGACUUUGGCCAAUGUAUAAAGAUAUUUAAUGUAUUGUACAGAACAUUUGUGUUUGUGCAAGUAUGUUUAAGUUGCACUUUGCCGCUGUGUUUCGUUUAGGCUUCAUUAAGAGCGUCCCCUCAUGCCUGUGUGCUUAUCCUGAAGGAGGCGUUCUGAAAAACAAGUUCCCCGAAUGUUAAACCUUCAAAAAAAAGAGAGCCAAUUCAUCCCCUUUCAUGUCAAGGUCUUUGGUCUCAAUAUUUGAAUGUACAUACAUCUGAGAAAACAGUGACUUAAAUGUGAAUAAAAAUUUCCUGAUAAUUUACUCACCCCAUGUCAUCCAAGAUGUUCAUGUCUUUCUUUCUACAGUCAAAAAGAAAUGAAAGUUUUUGGGAAAAACAUUACAGGAUUUUUCUCCAUAUAGUGGACUUCAACAGGUUGAAGGUCCAAAUUGCAGUUUCAUUGAAAAACCAAAGAGCUUUUCACGAUAAGGGUUUUUCCCUUUUUUUUUUUUUUUUUUUGGUUUUUGUUUUUAAGAAAAUUACCAAUUGUUUCACUAGAUGAGACUCUUAUUUAUGUAGAGCCCUUUGAAGCUCCAGUGAAACUGCAACUUAAACCUUCACCCCAUUGAAGUCCACUAUAUGGAGAUAAAAACCUGGAUUAUUUUCCUCAAAAAAUUUAUUUUUGACUGAAGAAAGAAAGAUAUGAACAUCUUGGUUGACACUGGGGUGAAAAAAAAAUUAUUAGGAAUUUUAUUAUUUCUGGAAGUGAACUAAUCCUUUAAUAUGUAUGGUUUGUAUAACCAGUUGUGUUUAAUGAUUGUAUUUCAGUGUGCAACGUGAUCUAAAAUUCAUUCAAAUUAACAUAUUACAAAGAGGAUUUUUAAGGCCCAGUUUGUGAGUCAUAAUUUCUGACUCUAUAAAUUAUUACAGACAGCUCUAAAAUUGGCUGCUGAGACUUGUGAAUCUCAUAUCUUCUUCUCUUCCCAACUAAUGUGAAUAGUCCCUUUCCCCAUUCCAUUGGACGGUGGUUUAAAAGCAUCUUCACUGCUGUGCAGUCCUGCAGAUCAGAGACGCAUAUUAAAAUCACUGUGCAGGCCAGUGCUGACGGAGACCGGAACUCACUUCAUGGGUCUGAUCCACAGCUGCUUUGCAUCGCUACUGCUUAACAGGGUUACGAUACUAUUAUUUGAAACAUUUAUUUAUUUAAAAAAUUGCUAUUUUAUAAUGUCUAGUAUUGACUUGUUAACAAUACUAUAAAGCAAAAAGAGAAUGAAAAGAACUGUACAGUAGCCCAUUUUUCUACUCUGUUGUUGAAAAGGGAACGUAUGUUAACGCAUGAGAUCUCUUAUGUACACGCCCCGUCUAUCUGUUUUUCUGUGCUUAGUCUGAUACGUUGUGGAGAUAUAGACAUCAUUGGAUCAUGCCCUUUGUCUUAACUGGUGCUGUGGAACCAUCCGAACAUGAUAUGAACUUCCUCUCACCCUCCAGCCCAACAUGGCCUUGAUUUAAUGGGCCUCUUGUUUUGGCCUGAAAUGGUUCAGCCAAGAUCAAUAUGUAGAGAACAUCUCCCAGUGUUGUAGUCAAAAGCAGUUCAUUCAAGCCCAAGUCAAGACCGUAACAAGAAUAGGGUCGCGUUUAAGUCAAGGCUGAGUCCAAAACCAUAUUUUUUUUGUUUAGUCUUGACUACGAAUCGACCCUCUUCUGGCCUCGGCCUUCACAUCUUCAUCUCAAGACAAUGAAAAUAAACUCAUUCAGAUUCUUGUGCUUGCUCAAAUAUGCAGAGAUCAACAAAAUAUUUAAUUACCAUGGCUGUUGCUGUCUUUUGUAGUCAAUGUGUUUUAGUUUUUUUUCCUUCUUUUUUGAUCUUUCUGUAAAUUCUAUAUAAAUAUGCCUAUUACUUCAAUAUAUGUUUGUGGGCAAAGAAAAAAAAAUGUAUGUCUUGGUACAUAUUUUGUUUCAAAAUGUUUUAUAAAAUUCCUGUACAGCAAUAAAGCACAGUGUCA